GAUGACGUUCAUCCGAUCGAAUGAAAAAACUCAGCAAUUACGCACGUCCCUUCUCAUCUCCCGAUUUGGGAAUCGGGCUUCCCUGUCUGUCCAUCAACUCAAAUGUCAAAUUGGCAGGCCCAAUAUGCAAGCAAGCGUUAUGGUGAAGGCGGUGCUGGUGCAACUUACAGCUCCUUUGCCAUAUAUUGUGCCCUUUUCUUUACAGUGUGUGGCUGCUCCCUCUCAUUGUAUUCCAUUUGGCUUCAAUGGAAGCAUUACAGGAAGCCGAAUCAACAGCGACAAGUGGUCCGAAUAUUAUGGAUGGUACCGAUCUAUGGUGUCAGCACUUUUAUCUCUUUGGUUUCUCUGGAUGCCGCCUUUUACGUUGACACCUUUCGAGACAUUUAUGAAGCAUUUGUGAUCUAUGCAUUUUUCAAUUUGUUGCUCAACAAACUCGGAGGUGAAAGAUCGCUUAUCAACAUGCUUCACCGCCGUCCGCCGUCCAAAAAUGUUUUUCCUGGUACACUUUACUCGUCCGAUAUCCAUCUGGGAGAUCCAUACACAUUUUUAUUCGUCAAGCGUGCUAUUCUGCAAUUCGUCUACAUCAAGCCCGUAUUAGCAUUGAUCACCAUGCUUAUGAAAGCCAUCGGUUACUACGACGAAAACAACCUUAGCUUCACAAGCUCGUAUCUGUACCUGACCUUUUUUUACAAUAUCAGUGUAUGUCUGAGUCUUUGGAGCCUGAUGGUGUUUUUCCAUGCGACAGGAGAAGAUCUUGUCAAAUUCAGACCCUUGGCAAAAUGUUUGUGCGUCAAGUCCAUCAUUUUCUUUUCUUUCUGGCAGAGUGUACUUGUUGCCUUUUUGGUGCAUCUAGGUGUUAUUGAUGGUAAGCAUCAGCAUACAGCAGUAGCGAUUCAGGACUUUCUCAUAUGCUUGGAGUUGGUUCCUUUUGCGAUAGCGCAUUCGUAUGCUUUUUCGUACAAGGAUUAUUACGAUGCGCAAGUUCAUUCUGCACGAAUGCCUUUGCGGUAUGCUUUGCGGGAUUCCAUGGGAUUAAAAGAUGUAUUGAUGGAUUCAUUGGACACAUUAUCUGGUGUUCGAUUCAACUAUCGCGCUUUUGAACCGAUGGAUGGUGUGCCCCAUGCUGGCAAUAGUCGUUCGGCGCGUAUCAUGGCGGGGCUUCGCUAUUCUCGGACGAAACAUAAAAAGUAUUGGAUUGAUCCCGUAGAUCCAUCGGCUUAUCUGCCUCAGGAAAACGACCUCGUACUGGAAGCCGCGGUGGACGAAGAUCUCGAACCGUUGACUUUUGAUGAUCCGCAUUCGGACGACGAGAUCGAGCAGCUGUAUAUCGAGAGCCGUCAAUGGAGUUUUGGCGAUCCCAACUAUCCCGUCAUUGAUUUUCAAGCUCCCUUGGCGCGACAGGCAGAAUACCAUCACUAUGGUGGUACGGAUGAUCUUGAAGUUGCGCGAGCAAGUGACUCCAGUAUUUAUUCCCGAUUCUCGAAUGACAGCAGUGAUCGAGAACAAGAACCGAGUCUCUGUUCGCGAGAAGGUUGUAUAGAUGUAGUGGUGCAACGUGGAGAAGACGACUUUGUUGUCGCUGAGGAUUUGAGUGCGGAAGACGAACAGGACACAUACGAUAUACCCGGCGACGUCUCGUCAUCAAGGAGAUCCAGUGAAACCGUGAACGGUUCAAAGGCAAUAUCCGUGGUACUAGAACAUCAAACUGAUUCAUCAGCCAAGCCUACAUGGCUUGAGCACGACGGUGGCUACAUUGCAGAGGAAGCCGAGCGCGUCCUCACCAACGACGUUUGGAAACAGAAAUCAGGCGUGUAAAUACUGUCAAUCCCCACUAGAUAAUAUUAUUUAUUCUCUUUUUCAUCACGACUUUUUGUAAAUAUAGAAAGUAGGUCUGUGCAAUUUCCUUUCUUUUUUUGUGUAAUUUGUAUUUUGUAUCUUGUUUAUGGCCCCUUUCCGUAUGAAAAUUGAAAGCAAUGUACGAUUUACGCCGCGUAUCCCAAAUUCUGACAGAAUCAAGAUAUACGCGUAUAUUUCAUUAAAUACCGUGCGUGCGUUACUGUGUCGAGUUUGCCUUUCACAGAGAGCGGUGUGUGUUCUGGAUCCAGGGACAAUGUGUAUCAUUGUGACGCGGCAAAAAAAGGGAAAAAAAGAAAUCAAUUUAUGUGCGCGACU